AUGAAGUUCCAGGCUAUCAUCUUCCUUGCCGCCGCCCCUUUCAUGGCUGCUGCCGCGCCUACCAAAGCAGACGCCUCUCCUCAUCUCGAAAAGCGCUGUGCCGUCUUUCAGGAAGAAGAGAAGGUCUGGCACGAGUCUGGCCAGAGCCGCCGCCGUAUUAAGUUCUGGAACGACGGCCAGACUGAUAUCAAUCUGAUGUGCAUCAUCUGGGUGAGAGAAGCAAACAAGUCGAGGGGCAUCUUGAACAACCCCCAGCGAUGGAUCAGGGAUGAUGGUACCGGCCGGGUUGACAUCAGCACCGCUCUUGGACCACUGGGUGAUACCGCGUUCAGAGACGCUUAUAACCGUCAAUUUAAGCUUUGGCGUCAUCGGUCACAGUGGAGCAAAAACCCUUUUCUCAAAACGCCGUGCGCUCAAGCAAGUCACCACGGCAAGGACGAGAAUGAAAGCUACAGUAUGCAACCUUAA